AUGGCUCCUAUCCCUUCGGCCCACGGCGCUCCUUUCGAGGUGAACGAGCCUAAGUCUGAUGGUGAGAAGAGCAAGAAGAUGCACAGCCAGGUCGUCAUUAUCGGUAGUGGACCUGCCGGGCACACUGCCGCCAUCUAUCUUGCACGAGCUGAGCUCAAGCCCGUCUUGUUCGAAGGUCUCAUGGCCAACGGUUUCGCUCCAGGUGGUCAGCUGACUACCACCACCGAUGUCGACAACUUUCCCGGUUUCCCCGACGGUGUGAAUGGAGGAGAGAUGAUGGACAAGUUCCGAGCUCAAUCCGAACGAUUCGGCACCACCAUCAUCACCGAGACCAUUGCCAAGGUCGACCUCUCUCAACGACCUUUCAAGUACUGGCGAGAGGGUGAAGAGGAAGAUGCCGAUUUUGAGACGGCCGACACCAUCAUCAUCGCCACCGGAGCUUCUGCCAAGCGCCUGAACUUGCCCGGCGAGGAGACUUAUUGGCAAUCCGGAAUCUCGGCAUGCGCCGUCUGUGAUGGUGCGGUACCCAUCUUCAGGAACAAGCCUCUCGCCGUCAUCGGAGGUGGAGAUUCCGCUGCCGAGGAGGCGACUUAUCUGACAAAAUAUGGAAGUCACGUCUAUGUCCUCGUCAGGAAGGGAGAGUUGAGGGCGAGCAAGAUCAUGGCGAAACGUCUGACGAGUCACCCGAAGGUUACCGUGCUAUGGAACACUGUGGCGACCGAGUGUCAGGGUGACGGCGACCUGCUCCAAUCCCUUGCUAUCAAGAACGUCAAGACUGGCGAGACCUCAACAUUGGACGUCAACGGUCUCUUCUACGCCAUCGGUCACGAGCCUGCGACCGCCCUCGUUCGGGAACAGGUUCAUACCGAUGCCGACGGGUAUAUCGUUACGGUGCCAGGUACUGCCCAAACGAGCAUCAAGGGUGUCUUUGCUGCUGGAGACGUCCAGGACAAGAAGUACCGACAGGCAAUUACUAGCGCUGGGUCGGGUUGCAUGGCUGCUCUCGAGGCCGAACGACUUAUCUCGGAGGAAGAGGCGGAGGACAAUGAGAUCCCGGCAGAGGAGAAGCAUGUGCCAUCAGAAGCUUUGACCGGUUACCUGUGA